AUGUCUCCACCUAAGUUCAGGAUCGCUAUCUGUGGAGGAGGGGUUGGUGGUUUGACAUUAGCCGUUGCCUUGUCACAGUACCCGGAUAUUGUCGUCGACGUGUACGAAGCCGCUCAGAGCUUUUACGAAGUUGGGGCUGGUUUGGGUAUCUGGCCCAGGUCAUUCAAGGUGUUACGAAAACUUGGGCAUGGCUUAGAACGACAACUCAUUCAGCGCUGCGGUUACGAAUUCACAGAAGACUAUGUCCCAUGUAUCAAGCACCGCAAAAGUGAUCAAACCGUUGGCUUUCAGCUUUUUGACCUGGUGACAAAAGGCAAUCAAAUGCGUUUUCAUCGAGCUGACUUUCAUGCCGUACUUCUCUCACAUCUCUCGCCGUCUUGUACAACGCACAACGCCAAGCGACUAAAAUCAUAUAUCCAGCCCCGUUCAAGAAAAUCACCAAUCAAGUUAAUAUUUCAGGAUGGAUCGACCGCGACAUGCGAUGUAUUAAUUGGCGCUGACGGGAUCAAAUCUGCAGUCAGAUCCUGCAUGAUGCGUGAAUUGGCUGAGGUCGUGGGCCCUCAUGACAAGCAGUCUGUACUCUCGUGCAUGAACCCAAUCUGGAGUGGCGUCACUGCAUACCGAACAUUGAUUCCUGCAGAGAAGCUGCGCGCGCGUUGUCCUAACCACCGCGUCUUUGCGGGAGGGAUUACUCAGGCUGACGCAUCUCAGUUCUUCCUUGCAUACCCAAUUUCUCUUGGGAAAUACAUCAAUAUCGCAGGUUUCACGCUUCAACCUGAUCUCGUUAACACGGCCUAUGAAGCCGAUCCACGAAUGCCUCGUCGGUCUUUCCAAGGGAGGGCUGACAGCGACUGGGUCGGAGAACUCACGGCUGAACAGUUUGUUGAACCUUUCAAAGACUUCGAAGAAGACGCGAAGCAGCUUCUCAAGUGUGUAGAAAGAGGCACGCUUUGGGCUGUACACACCGUGAAAACAUUACCAUCCACAAGCUUCGGGCGAGUUGCACUCUUGGGAGAUGCUGCCCAUGCAAUGCUGCCGUUCCAGGGCGCUGGUGCUGGUCAGAGUAUCGAGGAUGCUUACCUCCUUGCAACUGUUCUUGGACACAAAGCCACGACCUUAGAUACGGUACCCAGGGCCCUUGCCAUAUACGACAAGUUGAGACGGCCAUUCUCAUCAGAUGUGGCCCUACGUUCAAGGCUCAAUGGCCAACUAUGCGCGUUUCAAACGAACGUCCCUCUGCACAGGCUCGGCAAUACAGUCACCAAGAAUUGGGAUUGGGCAUGGCUGACGGAGCUAGAUGAUGCUUUGGAAGAAGCUGUCAAGCUUGUGGAGAACAGUUCAAUCAACAUCAACUGA